UUUUACGGACACCUAAGGAUAUCGCUCGGUCAUCAUCUGUCGGCCGAGGGAGCUUCCGCUAGGAGAGGAAUUCCCCCCUCGCCGAGCCUACACUGCCGCUGUCCGGUCUUACCCAGUGCUGAUGGACUACGCCGAGCUCUGGUCGGCGGAAGUGUCUCUAUGCCGUUGCAGCAACUGAGCCGUGGGAUAGCUAAGUAAAAAAAAAAAAAAAAAAAAAUAGAAGGAAAGAAAAAGGGAAAAAACGACCGUUGGCUUGUCACGCGUAAAAAGCAUGACGGACAAGACUGCUCCUCGCUGCCAGCUACGCUUGGAAUGGAUCCAUGGCUACCGCGGGCACCAGUGCCGCAACAACCUGUACUACACGGCGGGCAAGGAGAUAGUGUACUUCGUGGCCGGUGUCGGUGUGGUCUACAACACCAGGGAGCACACGCAGAAGUUUUAUUUGGGACACAACGAUGACAUAAUCAGCUUGGCUCUGCACCCAGACAAGAUCCAGGUGGCGACGGGGCAGGUGGGCAAGGACCCGUUCAUCUGCGUGUGGGACUCGUACGCCCUGCAGACCGUCUCCAUCCUCCGGGACGCCCACACGCACGGCGUGGCCUGCCUGGCCUUCGACGCCGACGGACAGCGGUUAGCAUCUGUGGGUCUGGACGCCAAAAACACAGUAUGCGUGUGGGACUGGAAGAGAGGCAGGGUAUUGGCCACUGCAACCGGGCACUCAGAUAGGAUAUUUGAUAUUGCCUGGGACCCCUUCGCCCCCCACCGAAUGGUCAGCUGUGGAGUGAAGCAUAUCAAAUUCUGGACGUUAUGUGGGAACGCACUGACCCCCAAGCGGGGGAUCUUCGGCAAGACGGGCGACCUGCAGACCAUCCUGUGCGUGGCCACCGCCAAGGACGAGGUCACCUACUCCGGCGCGCUCAACGGAGACAUCUACGUGUGGAAGGGCCUCAACCUGGCCCGCACCAUUCAGGCUGCGCACAGCGCGGGGAUCUUCAGCAUGCACGCGUGCGAGGAGGGCUUCGCCACGGGGGGCCGGGACGGCUGCAUCCGCCUCUGGGACGUGGACUUCAAGCCCAUCACCAAGAUCGACCUCCGCGAGACGGAGCAGGGCUACAAAGGCCUCUCGAUCCGUAGCGUGUGCUGGAAGGCGGACCGUCUCCUGGCGGGCACGCAGGACAGCGAGAUCUUCGAGGUGAUGGUGCGCGAGCGGGACAAGCCGCUGCUGCUCAUGCAGGGCCACAGCGAGGGCGAGCUCUGGGCGCUGGACAUACACCCCAAGCAGCCGCUGGCCGUCACCGGGAGCGACGACCGCUCCGUCAGGCUGUGGAGCCUGGCGGACCACACGCUCAUCGCCCGCUGCAACAUGGAGGAGGCCGUGCGCAGCGUCUCCUUCAACAACGACGGCUCGCAGCUCGCCCUGGGCAUGAAGGACGGCUCCUUCACCGUGCUUCGCGUCAGGGACAUGACCGAGGUGGUCCACAUCAAGGACCGCAAGGAGGUCAUCCACGAGCUCAAGUUCUCGCCGGACGGCUCGUUCCUGGCGGUGGGCUCCAACGACGGCCUGGUGGACAUCUACGCCGUGGCGCAGCGCUACAAGAAGGUGGGCGAGUGCAACCGCUCGUCGUGCUUCAUCACGCACCUGGACUGGUCCGUGGACAGCCGCUUCCUGCAGACCAACGACGGCGCCGGGGAGCGCCUCUUCUACAGGAUGCCAGCGGGGAAGUUCCUGCCCAAAGAAGAGGCCAAAGGCAUCCACUGGAUGACCUGGACCUGCGUCCUGGGCCCGGAGGUCAAUGGCAUCUGGCCAAAGUACUCCACCGUCAACGACAUCAACUCGGUGGACGCCAACUACAGCAGCGCCGUGCUGGUCACGGGGGACGACUUCGGCCUGGUCAAGCUCUUCAGAUUCCCCUGCCUUAAGAAAGCGGCCAAAUUCAAAAAGUACAUCGGACACUCUGCCCACGUCACCAACGUGCGCUGGUCACAUGACCUGCAGUGGGUGGUGAGCACGGGCGGGGCGGACCACUCCGUCUUCCAGUGGCGCUUCCUCCCCGAGGGCGUCAUGAACGGGGUCCUGGAACCCCUCCUGCAAGAGGGAUACGCUGACUCCAACAGCGGAGAAUCCGACUCGGAUCUCUCAGACGUGCCGGAGUUGGACUCGGACAUAGAGCAGGAAGCGCAGAUGAACUACGAACGGCAGGUCUAUAAGGAGGACCUGCCUCAGCUGCGUAAGAAGCUGGUGGGCUCUCUGAAGCGCCAGAAAGCCCCAGAUGAGGGACUACGCCUGCAGUUUGUUCAUGGGUACCGUGGCUGUGACUGCAGGAAUAACCUGUUCUACACGCAGGCGGGGGAGGUGGUGUACCACGUGGCGGCGGUGGCGGUGGUGUACAGUCGGCAGCAGCACACGCAGCGCUUCUACCUGGGCCACGACGACGACAUCCUCAGCCUCACCGUGCACCCGCUCAAGGACUACGUGGCCACCGGACAGGUGGGCCGUGAUCCAGCCGUCCACGUGUGGGACAUCCAGACGCUCAAGUGCUUGUCGCUGUUAAGGGGGCAGCACCAGAGGGGAGUCUGUGCACUGGAGUUCACAGCGGACGGCAAGAGCCUGGUGUCCGUGGGGAUCGACGAGGGCCACAACAUCGUGAUCUGGGACUGGAGGAAGGGAGAGAAGCUCGCUAAGGCCAGAGGACACAAGGACAAGAUAUUCGUGGUGAAAGGGAACCCCUUCCGCAUGGACAAGCUCGUCACCGUGGGGAUGAAGCACAUCAAGUUCUGGCAGCACACAGGCGGAGGUCUGACGUUUAAGCGGGGCAUCUUCGGCGGCCUGGGGAAGCAGGAGACCAUGAUGUCGGUGUGCUACGGCCGCGCCGAGGACCUGGUGUUCUCCGGCGCCACCACGGGGGACGUGUACGUGUGGAAGGACACCACGCUCGUCAAGACCAUCAAGGCCCACGACGGGCCCGUGUUCGCCACCUGCUCCCUGGACAAGGGCUUCGUGACGGGCGGUAAAGACGGGGUGGUGGAGCUGUGGGACGACAUGUUUGAGAGGUGCCUGAAAAGCUACGCCAUCAAGAGGUCCUCGCUUUCCCCCAACUCUAAAGGGCUUCUUCUCGAGGACAACCCCUCCAUCCGGGCCAUCACCCUGGGCCACGGACACAUUCUGGUGGGCACCAAGAACGGAGAGAUCCUGGAGAUCGACAAGAGCGGACCCAUGACCCUUCUGGUGCAGGGUCACAUGGAAGGAGAGGUGUGGGGUCUGGCCGCUCACCCCCUGCUGCCCAUCUGUGCCACCGUCAGCGACGACAAGACGCUCCGCAUCUGGGAGCUCUCAGCCAAUCACCGCAUGGUGGCCGUCCGCAAGCUCAAGAAAGGUGGCCGGUGCUGUGCCUUCUCCCCCGACGGGAAAGCCUUAGCCGUGGGCAUGAACGACGGGAGCUUCCUGGUGGUCAACGCCGACACGCUGGAGGACAUGGUGACCUUUCACCACAGGAAGGAGAUCAUAUCGGACCUGCGCUUCUCGCAGGAUGCUGGCAAGUACUUGGCAGUGGCCUCCCACGACACGUUCAUAGACAUCUACAACGUGCUGACGAGCAAACGCGUGGGGAUCUGCAAAGGAGCCUCCAGCUUCAUCACCCACAUAGACUGGGACACACGCGGAAAGCUACUGCAGGUGAACACUGGGGCCAAAGAGCAGAUGUUCUUCGAGGCACCUCGAGGUCGGAGACAGACUAUCAACACCACUGAGUUCGAGAAGGUGGAGUGGGCCACCUGGACGUCAGUGCUGGGCCCCACCUGCGAGGGUAUCUGGCCGACGCUGAGUUUCGUCAACGCCUCGUCGCUCACCAAAGACAAAAAGCUGCUAGCCACCGGAGACGACUUUGGCUUCCUCAAGCUCUUCAGCUUCCCCUGCAAGGGUCAGUUUGGCAAGUUCAAGCGCUACGUGGGCCACAGCGCCAACGUCACCAACGUGCGCUGGUCCCAUGACGACGCCAUGCUGCUGUCGGUGGGCGGGGCCGACACGGCGCUGAUGAUCUGGGCGCGCGAGGCGGGCGUGGCGCGCGAGAGCAAAGCCGUGGACAGCGAGGAGUCCGACGACGAUGCGGACGACGACGGAGGUUAUGACAGCGACGUGGCCAGGGAGAGGACCACGGACUACACCACCAAGGUGUACGCCGUCAGCAUCCGCGAGAUGAGCGGCACCAAACCCCACCUGCAGCAGAAGGAGGUGCUGGUGGACGAGAGGCCACCGGUGAGCAGAGCUGCCCCUCUACCAGACAAACUCCUCAAGAACAACGUCACCAAGAAGAAGAAGCUGGUGGAGGAGCUGCAGCUGGAUCACGUGUUUGGUUACCGCGGCUUCGACUGCAGGAACAACCUGCACUACCUCAACGACGGCAACGACAUCAUCUUCCACACGGCCGCCGCCGCCAUCAUACAGAGCCUGUCUGCAGGAACACAAACCUUCUAUCUGGAACACACUGAUGACAUCCUGUGUCUCACGGUCAACCAACAUCCGAAAUACCAAAACAUCAUCGCCACUGGACAAAUAGGCAUGGCUCCCUCCAUCCACGUGUGGGACGCCAUGAGCAAGCAGACGCUGUCGGUGCUGCGCUGCUCCCACUCCAAGGGCGUGGGCUACGUCAACUUCAGCGCCACCGGGAAGCUGCUGCUCUCCGUGGGCGUGGAGCCGGAACAUUCCAUCACCGUGUGGCGCUGGCAGGAAGGCACGAAGGUGAGCAUCAAAGGGGGACACACGGACCGCAUCUUCGUGGCGGAGUUCCGCCCGGACUCGGACACCCAGUUUGUGUCAGUGGGCGUCAAGCACAUCAAGUUCUGGACGCUGGUGGGCGGCUCGCUCAUGCACAAGAAGGGCGUGAUCGGAACCGUGGAGGACGGACGCAUGCAGACCAUGCUCUCCGUGGCCUUUGGAGCUAACAACCUGACCUUUACGGGUGCCAUCAACGGCGACGUGUACGUGUGGCGCGAGCACUUCCUGGUGCGGGUGGUUGCCAAGGCACACACUGGGCCGGUGUUCACCAUGUACACCACACUCCGAGACGGCCUCAUCGUCACCGGCGGCAAGGAGCGCCCGACCAAAGAGGGCGGGGCAGUCAAGCUGUGGGAUCAGGAGAUGAAGAGGUGCCGAGCGUUCCAGCUAGAGACGGGUCUACCCGUGGAGAACGUUCGCUCCGUCUGCCGUGGAAAAGGCAAGAUCCUGGUGGGCACCAAGGACGGCGAGAUCAUCGAGGUGGGCGAGAAGAACGCGGCGUCCAACACCAUGAUCAACGGGCACACGCAGGGACGCAUCUGGGGCCUGGCCACGCACCCCACCAAGGACGUGUUCAUCUCGGCCAGCGACGACGGGUCCAUCCGCAUGUGGGACCUGGGGGACAAGAAACUUCUGAACAAGGUGAGCCUGGGCCACCCGGCCAAGUGCACGGCCUACAGCCCCAGCGGGGAGAUGGUGGCCAUCGGCAUGGAGAACGGGGAGUUCAUCAUGCUGCUCGUCAACUCGCUCACCGUCUGGGGCAAGAAGAGGGACCGCAGCAUCGCCAUCCAGGACAUCAGGUUCAGCCCCGAUAGCCGCCUGCUGGCGGUGGGCUCGGUGGAGAGCGCGGUGGACUUCUACGACCUCACGCUGGGGCCCUCGCUCAACCGCAUCGGCUACUGCAAGGACAUCCCCGGCUUCGUCUUCCAGCUGGACUUCUCCGCAGACAGCAAGUUUAUUGGGGUUUCCACGGGAAUGUACAAGAGGCAGGUCCACGAGGUUCCGAACGGGAAGGUGGUAUCGGAGCAGGCCGUCAUUGAUAGAAUCACCUGGGCUACGUGGACGAGUGUACUGGGCGAUGAGGUGGUGGGUGUCUGGCCACGCAAUGCUGAGAAAGCCGACGUCGUCUGCGCGUCUGUCUCGCACGCCGGCCUCAACAUCGCCACGGGAGACGACUUCGGCCUCGUCAAACUCUUCGACUUUCCAUGCACAGAAAAAUUUGCCAAACACAAGCGCUACCUCGGUCACUCUGCGCAUGUCACCAACAUCCGUUUCUCUGCCGACGACAAGUACGUCAUCAGCGUAGGAGGUAGCGACUGCAGUGUGUUUGUCUGGAAAUGCCUGUAACGCGGAGACUCCUGCCGGAGCUCAGCGACC